AUGGGAAGCCGAGAAAACUACUCACAUAGUAAUACUGCGCACGCUAAUCGCAUCGCUGCCGUUGAUAGAACCCCUCCACCCUCCGUCAAUAUGACCGCCACUUCUUCUGAUAAUAAUAAUUACCAUUUCAACACAAAUGACCAGAAACCUGGAUGGAGAAAGUUUCUGGCUUAUGUAGGCCCUGGGUUCCUCGUCUCUUUGGCAUAUCUUGACCCUGGCAACUUGGAAACUGAUCUGCAAGCUGGAGCUAACCACGGAUAUGAGUUGCUGUGGAUUAUCCUUAUUGGGUUGAUAUUUGCCCUCAUAAUCCAGUCACUUGCAGCAAAUCUAGGGGUGACCACAGGAAAACACCUUUCAGAGUUAUGCAAGGCUGAAUACCCAUUGUUGGUCAAGUACUGUCUAUGGUUGCUCGCUGAGCUUGCUGUUAUAGCCGCUGAUAUACCUGAAGUGAUUGGAACAGCCUUUGCUCUGAAUAUACUGUUCAACAUCCCAGUUUGGGUUGGAGUUCUCUUGACCGGCUGUAGCACUCUUCUCCUUCUUGGUCUGCAAAGAUAUGGGGUUAGGAAGCUAGAACUGCUAAUAUCAGUGCUGGUAUUCAUAAUGGCAGCAUGUUUCUUCGGAGAAAUGAGUUAUGUCAAGCCUCCAGCGUCAGGAGUGCUCAAGGGCAUGUUUAUUCCCAAGCUCAACGGCCAUGAUGCCACCGGCGACGCCAUCGCCCUUUUGGGUGCUCUUAUCAUGCCGCACAAUCUUUUCCUGCACUCGGCUCUUGUGCUCUCUAGGAAAGUACCCAACUCUGUGCGUGGCAUUAAUGAUGCUUGUCGUUUCUUCUUGAUAGAGAGUGGAUUUGCAUUGUUUGUGGCGUUCUUGAUCAAUGUGGCUGUCAUCUCCGUAUCAGGCACCGUUUGCUCCGCAAAUAACCUUUCCAGUGAUGAUGCGGAUAGAUGUAGCGAUCUUACUCUCAACUCUGCCUCUUUUCUUCUACAGAAUGUAUUGGGAAAAUCAAGCAAGAUUAUUUAUGCCAUUGCGUUACUUGCCUCGGGCCAAAGCUCUGCCAUCACAGGCACUUAUGCAGGACAAUACAUCAUGCAGGGAUUCUUGGACCUUAAGAUGAAAACAUGGAUGAGGAAUCUAAUGACAAGAUCCAUUGCCAUUACACCAAGUCUCAUUGUCUCCAUUAUUGGAGGCUCAUCCGGAGCCGGUCGACUCAUUAUUAUUGCUUCGAUGAUACUUUCCUUUGAACUCCCUUUUGCUCUAAUCCCUCUUCUUAAAUUCAGUAGUAGCGCCACCAAAAUGGGACCCCACAAGAACUCAAUCUACAUCAUAGUUUUCUCGUGGAUUCUAGGAUUUGGAAUCAUAGGCAUAAACAUAUAUUACCUAAGCACAGCCUUCGUAGAUUGGCUAAUCCACAGCUCUUUACCAAAAGUGGCAAACGUGUUCAUUGGAAUCGUAGUGUUUCCAUUAAUGGCAAUCUACAUCGUUUCUGUCAUCUAUCUAACUUUCAGAAAAGACGCCGUCGUGACAUUUAUCGAGUCCGAAAAGAACGACCCCUUUGCCCAAAUUCAAAUGGAAAGUGGGCAAAUUUCUAAUGUUGGUGUCGUUCCUUACAGAGAGGAUUUGGCCGAUAUUCCUUUACCUAAGUAG